UUCAGCAUCUGUUCAGAGUCCCAGCGCUGGUCUGGAGUCAGUGUCUGAGCGCGCUCGUGCCGUCCACAAACACACAGCUGCUCUGGAGCAUCACAGGGAGGGUUAUGGGAUGGAGAGGGUUCAGCCGUCACACAGUUCUCUUCCUCCUCCAGCGCUGGCCUCAGCGCCGCUCAACAAGGUGAAGCACCUGCAGAUCCUCAGGGUUUGGACCUGCGUGCUCAGGCAGCUCAUGUGUGUCUCACUCUGCUUCCAGGCACGUGAAUCCAGCGGCUCGUCGGAGUUCCUGUGCUCCGUGUGUCAUAAAGAGUUUCCUCUGCAGCGCAUGCUGACGCGUCACCUCAAGUGCCACAGUAUGCUCAAGAGACACCCCUGCAGGUUCUGCGGGAAAGGCUUCAACGACACCUUCGACCUGAAGAGACACAUGAGAACACACACCGGCAUCCGUCCGUACCGGUGUGAUCUGUGUGAGAAAGCCUUCACGCAGCGCUGCUCUCUGGAGUCUCACCUGCGGAAGAUCCACGGUGUGCGGCAGCAGUACGCAUACCGCCAGCGGCGCUCCAAGAUCUUCGUGUGUGAGGACUGCGGCUUCACCUCCAGCCGGCCGGACGAAUACUUCCUCCACAUCAGACAGCAGCACCCGAGCAGCCCGGCGCUGCGCCGUUAUUACCGCAAACACAUGCUGGAGAGCCCCCCGCAGCACAGCAUCGCCCCCUUCAUGCUGUACCCCGCCGCAGGACUCUACAUGUGA